AUGAGCCCAUCCCUCACAUUUGCUGAGUUGACCAACAUUGCUGUUCCCAAGUAUGGAGUGGUGAACUUCAGGGCCCUGCAUCUCGUGCUCCAGGGCAUCUUGAAACACCUUCAUUUGGACGAGCUUGAGAAGGACCUCUCCGGGGAAGAGGAUUUCCUCCAGACCUCAAAGAUGCCUUCACCCAAGGAAGUUGCUGCUCAGCCCAUCUUUCCAUCCUUAAAGCAGCCUGACAACUCUGAUCCUGUGCUGGGCCGCAUUAACAAGCUAGAGAGUCAGCUGUCCAUCCUGAAGACCCUGCCCUCCACCAUCCACCUUCUAGAGAGCAGCACAGGGGACAAGCGGCCCAUGGUGGACCUGUGGCAUUUCCUCAAGCUCCAGAAGAAGACGGAGUGCAACGAGGAGGCCAUAGUAAAGGCGAUGCAGACUGUGCAGGAUUUGCUCACUGAACUCCAUCAGUUCAAGGAUACUGUUGAGUCAUUCAUGAAGGACGUGGACAUGCUGAGGGAUAUAUUUGAGAAGAUUCGCCCGGAAAAAGUAGAUGUCAUCUCUGAAGGCUUAAAAACGCAGACCCGGAGGACAAGUGCCCUGCAGCGGGAAGUGAUUACCAUCCAGAACAAGAUUCAGAACAUCCCCAAAGCUGAGGACAUGGUGCUGUGGAGUAGCCUUCAUGAGGCCAUGUUCACUGGGGUACUUGUUCAACCAAGGAGUGAGCAGACUGGUGAGCCGUUGCCAGAGGCCACCUUCGCCCAGAGCCAGGACCUAAAGGAUGGUGUCCAACGCCCUACCUCCGAGCAAUAUGCUGACACAAAAGCCCAGUUAGAGCCUUAUCUAGGCCUGGGCCUGGACUUGCACCUGGGCUUGGGCCUGGACUUGCACCUGGGCUUGGGCCUGGACUUGCACAUGAACUUGGGCCUGGACUUGCACCUGGACUUGCACCUGGACUUGCACCUGGGCUUGGGCCUGGACUUGCACCUGGGCUUGGGCCUGGACUUGCAACUGGGCUUGGGCCUGGAUUUGCACCUGGGCUUGGGCCUGGGUCUGGGCCUGGGCCCCCGCCUGAGUCUUGGCCUGUACCUGGGCCUGCGCCCCCACCUGAGUUUUGGCCUGCACCUGGGCUUGCACUGUCUAGGAUUGAGCCUGGGACUGGGACUGGACCUGGACCUGGACCUGAGACUAGGACUGGGCCUGCGGCUGCGCCUUUUUGGCCUGCAACUGGGUUUGCACUGUCUAGGGUUGGGCCUGGGACUAGACCCGGACCUGGACCUGGACCUGAUCUUGGGUCUGGGCCUGGGCCCCCACCUGAGUCUUGGCCUGCAACUGGGUUUGCAUUGCCUAGGGUUGGGCCUGGACCUGGACCUAGACCUGGACCUGGACUUGGACCUGGACCUGGGCCUGGGUCUGGGCUUGGGUCUGGGCUUGGGCCUCGACCUGUGCCCCCACCUGAAUCUUGGCCUGCAGCUGGGUUUGCACUGCCUAGGGUUGGGCCUGGACCUGGACCUGAACGUGGACCUGGACCUGGGACUGGACCUAGACCUGGACCUGGACCUGGGCCCCCACCUGAGUCUUGGCCUGCAACUGGGUUUGUACUGCCUAGGGUUGGGCCUGGACCUGGACCUGGGCCUGGGCCUGGGCCCCCACCUGAGUCUUGGCCUGCAACUGGGUUUGUACUGCCUAGGAUUGGGCCUGGACCUGGACCUGGACCUGGACCUGGACCUGGACCUGGACCUGGACCUGGGACUAGACCUAGACCUGGACCUGGAGCUGGACCUGGGCCCCCACCUGAGUCUUGGCCUGCAACUGGGUUUGUACUGCCUAGGGUUGGGCCUGGACCUGGACCUGGACCUGGACAUGGGCCUGGGCCUGGGCCUGGGCCCCCACCUGAGUCUUGGCCUGCAACUGGGUUUGCACUGCCUAGGGUUGGGCCUGGACCUGGACCUGGACCUGGACCUGGGACUGGACCUGGACCUGGACCUGGACUUGGACCUGGUCCUGAGCCUGGACCUGGGACUGGGACUGGUACUGAACCUGGGCCUGGACCUGGGUCUGGACCUGGACUUGAACCUGAACCUGGGACUGGACCUGGACCUGGACCUGGACCUGGACCUGGACCUAGGCCUGGGCCCCCACCUGAGUCUUGGCCUGCAACUGGGUUUACACUGCCUAGGGUUGGGCCUGGACCUGAACUUGGACUUGGACCUGGACCUGGGACUGGACCUGGACUUUGGCCUGGGCCUGGGCCUGGGCCCCCACCUGAGUCUUGGCCUGCAACUGAGUUUGCACUGCGUAGGGACUGAGCCAGGGCUGGAAGCUGAGGCCAUGCUUGCACCAGAGCCUGGUACACCAGGUUUAGUGCCAGCAUCUUGGCCUACACCUGGCCCUGCCCCAGACAGUUGGCCCUUCCUGGACUUGCCUGCCCCAGGUCCAUCAGUCUCCAGGCAGCCUCUUCCCAGUCAGUUAUUCUCGGCCAUACCGCCAUCCAGGGAGGUAGGAUACUCGUGGCCUAGUCCACUGAAGCCACACCAGUCUCACAGGGUGGCGGCCCGCCAGCUCCCAUCUGUUGAAGAAAUAGAAGGUGAAUAUUCCUACCCCCAACCUCAGGGAACCUCUGAGGAGACCCCCACACGUGGAACCCAGGUGGAUGAGCUUUCUGAAACACGGGGUAAGCAUCUUGGCUCCACCUUCAAACGAGCCAAGACCACUGUCAGCGUGGCCGCCGCCACGGCAGCAGCCUAUGCAGCUGCAGCCACUUCAGCAGCCAGGGAAGCGAAGGCUGCCGUCAAGGCACUCAAGGAUGCCUCUGCCACUAAACCGACUACCACAGAGCUAUCUGAGCCCUCAGGAGGCUUUUCAGAUAGUCUGGCUACAGGGCCUUCCCCUGUGACCACUUUCUCCAUGGUCAUAGAUAAGGCGGAAGAGCAAGAAGAAUCGCACCCAUACUUUGUCCAAUCCUCCCCCUUGUACACUUCGCCCAGCCUAGCCAGGCCAACCCUUUCCCAGUCCAUGAUUCUUGGCAUUCAAGCUGUGAGCCCUGAAGACAAGAAGAAGGCUGUCCAGUACUCCUUUGGCCACAUUGCCCAAAUGCCUGUCUCACAGGACUCCCUGAAAGCAGAGUUCGCCAAGCUCUCAGCCAACCUGAAACAGCGCUUGACUCAUCUAGUUAAAAUGAAAGACACCUCCAAGUUUGAGACCAUGUUAGGAUCACUUGAGGAGAAGUUUAAGAACCUCCAGAAAUCCAGGCUCCAGGAAGAAGAACUUGAGAGAAUUUGGGGUACCCAAAUAGACACAAUGAAGAGUCAAUACAUGGUACUGGACCGGGCGAUAGGAAGGCUUCAGAAUCGCCUAGAAGACUUCAAGUCUUUUCAGACUCAGAUCGACAGGCUGACUCAAGAGAAGGUGAAUAAAAUCACAAUGGAGGAGGAGCUGAAAGAAAAAGCUGAAAAAAGUGCUCUGGCAAGCAAGGCAAACAGGAAUGAACUGGACCUACUAGCCACGGAGAUGAAUGAGAUGGUUCAGAGUGUGCUUUUCAAGGUCUCAACUCAUGAGGCGGACUGGAAGAAGGCGCUGAAGCAAGUCAAGAAGGACCUGGCCACCAAACUGGUCUCCAACGACCUGGAGGGGAUAAAGAAAGAAAUACAGGAGUUGUGGCAAGUGGUUCUCAAGCUGGUGGUGGACAGCCUUCGGUUCGACCCCGACCGUGCUGCAGGCUUUAGGAAGAAGCUGUUUGAGCGGGUGAAGUGCAUCUCCUGCGAUCGGCCUGUGACCAUGAUGACCAGCCCGCAGCUGAUCACCAUCCGCAAAGGCAACCUGUCUUCGAGACUGCGGCCGGCCAGUGCCAAUGGUUAUGAGUACCUGGAGCAGCAGAUGCUAAGGGAACAGAAGUUGCAGUUGCAAGGCAUGGACCCCCUGAGCACCCAGCAGGACUGGGGUGAUGGGCCCCGAAACACCACCAGGCAGAAGACAUACAACAUGACCACACUUUAUCCUUACGGGGACCCAGAAGAGCUGGACUAUGACUCUGCGGAGGUGGACAUCCUGGGCGUGGAUGGGAUCCUUUAUAGAGGCCGCAUGACCCCCCUGACCGGGACUCAGCCACCCGCCGGGGAGAAGGAAUUGACAGCUGUGAAGAUCCCAUGUCCGCCGCGGGCUCAGACCCCAGUUGACCGAGUGCGCCCCAGUGCCAUCCAUCCCCCCCCCAGCUUCCCAGGUUACCGCACAAAUGACAGCUCAACCUCCCGCCCUGUAUCCACCAUGAUGUCUCGGCCACCAUCACUGCUGCCACUGCUGCCGCUGGUGAUCCCUCCCCGGGGGGAACCCCAGCAGGCCCCAGUGCCCCUCAGGCACCAGAAAUUUGUGCCCCCUUGAGCCCAGAAUCAACACGAAGUCUACCGAGGAGUCCAUCAACUUGAAUGGGUCCAAACAAGUCCCAGCUCUUCCUGACCCAGGCGUCUGACUCACCUCUCCAGCUCACUCGGGGGGAGGGGGGACCCUGGCGGGGCAGCCCCAAACUCCAGCCUGUGUGCAAAUGAGUAUUCUUUGUAACUUCUGGCAAGAAUAAAGUCUGCCUUCUUUCUGAGUGUA